CAAAUGGAUCGGAAAAUCCUUCUUUCACCUUACGACAGGCCUUAUUACUUCACUCAGCCACCACCUCCGCCGCCGUCGCCACCGCCACCGCUGUUUCCAGCGAUGGCCAGUACCACUUCAAGCUUAAACAACAAGGUGAGUCCAAGUGUUCUGCUAAUCAUCAUCAUCCUUGCCAUCAUUUUCUUCAUCUCUGGGUUGCUUCAUCUUCUUGUUAGAUUUCUUGUGAAACCAUCUACCAGAGACCCUGAUGAAUUUGACAAUGUGACUGCUCUUCAAGGCCAGUUACAACAGCUCUUCACCCUCCAUGAUUCCGGUGUUGACCAGUCUUUCAUCGACGCACUUCCUGUUUUCACUUACAAAUCAAUAAUCGGUGUCAAGAACCCUUUUGAUUGUGCUGUUUGUUUGUGUGAAUUUGAAGGGGAUGAUAAACUUAGAUUAUUGCCUAAAUGUAGCCAUGCUUUUCAUAUGGACUGUAUUGAUACAUGGCUUUUGUCUCACUCCACUUGCCCUCUUUGUAGAGCCAAUUUGCUUUCUGAUUACUCUCCAAACUCUUGUUCACCAUUUGUGCUUGUUCUUGAAUCUGGGAGUGUUGAGAGUUCUAGAGAGAUCGUGGCUGACCCUACAAUUCAAAGGGUCAAUUCCCAUUUGAGUAGUGUUGAUGGUGAAGAAUCCGAAUUCCAUCUUUCGACUAAUUCAGUUGAAAAUGAGGGAAAGGAAGAGGAGAAUAAGGAGAAAGUGGUUACAGUUAAGCUUGGGAAAUUCAAGAAUGUGGAUGUUGAUGGUGGUGGAUGGGAAGAUGGUGGUGAGAAGAGUAAUAUUGAUGGUAGGAGGUGCUUUUCCAUGGGAUCUUUUGAGUAUGUGAUGGAUGACAACUCAUCAUUACAAGUAUCAAUUAGGCCCCAAAUCAAGAAACAAGCUUACAAGAAGUCAAAUCUACCAAUCACUCCUGGUCACCGGCCGGCAAUGUCGGAAUGUGGUGGUGAUUCAAGACGAGAUUUCAAAGGAAUUGAAGCGUAUAGAAGCAUAAGUGGCGGCAAUGGUGGUGGUUCGAUCAGGAGGGAGAGCUUUUCAGUGUCCAAGAUUUGGCUUAGAGGGAAGAAAGAGAAGCCUAAUUCGAACACAGCAGCCACCAUUGAUGAGCAGCCAUCAUCAACGGGGACUUUCUCGCUACAGUUUUUGCUUCGUCAGAAUGUCGCCGGAGAUGAGUUGAAGGUGUCCGAGGUGGGUUGUGAUGAUCAAGAAACACAGAGUUGUCACAGUGGUGAUCCACCACCAACAGCUGCAGCAAAUCCACCAUCUUUUGCAAAGAGGACUCUGCUUUGGCUUAUGGGCAGGCAGAAAAACAACGUGGUUCAUUCAUCUUCGUCCACAAAUGUUUGAAAUUUUUUGUCCCCAAAUUUGUUGCUAUUUCUCUCUCGUAGGUGUUUUCUUACAUUUGGGGAUGAUUUGAUUCUUUACGAGUACAAAGGAUUUCGAGAUUGAUCAAAUUAAAGAAACCUCAAAACCAAAUGCACCCAUUUUUAUGAUU